ACAAUCGAACCGAAACUGCCCACAUUCCCAAACUGGUUUAUUGGCUUUUCCGAUCCUGUACCACCAGAGCCAAUUCGCACUACAACUCUCGGCAUGCACGUUCAGUCUACACCGCCUGUUACGUUUAAUCCCCUUUCUGUUCCCGAUUCCGUGGUGGAUGAGAAAGGUCCUCAGAGCAGAGUUGAACAGGUGGCUCGUAAGUUGGUCGGUUGGCUUCAGAAAAAGAGCUUCCUUCAAACAAAUCAAAACAGCCUUCCCAACCCAAAUUUUGCCACAACUACCGCAGCCACCAGCUUUCUUACUGAUAUCACCAAAGAUGACAUGUUUUCAACGCAUUGGUGUGGCGAGGAGGCGACUUGUUACAGAACAGUGCAUCAGCUGAGAUCUCCAACGUACACACGCAACCUCAUCAUGACUGACCGUACGUAUGCUGUGCUAGUACGCAGUCUCAAUGACAGCCGAUACUUCGGAUAUAAGUUUUAUACUCCGUACCGUCUAAUGCAUUAUGCACCUACGGAUAAGACUGAAAAAGAGAGAGGAGAAAAACUAAUUGAAAAAAAGACUGCUUUGGGCUCUGGCAGCGUUGUAUGGCUGCGUAAAUACCUUCUAAACUAUCUUGACGCAUUUAGUAAAUCGGAAAAGCUACCCGUCAGAGACCUCAUUUAG